AGUUGUACUAUAAAACAAAGAGAUAUGUUGUUCAAGAAGUCAGUUUCCUACUUGAAUUGCAGGUUUCAAACGGUGAAUACUUACAUAGAAAUGCAUUUCCCACCCAAUUUUGCUUUACGUUGUUUCUUGGUGGAUGGAUCCCUCCCUCAUAGCUUUAUUGCCCAUUCACAGUUGGUGGGCAACAUAUUUCUCAAUUUGUUUUUUACAAUAUAUUCGUGGGAAACAUAUCCCAAUUUCAAACUGCCCGAAUUUAGUUCAGAAUAUAUAUACAAUCUUAUCACAUAUUAUUUAACUUUACUGAACUAAUGAUUAUUGAACCAUUUACUUUGCAAACAUAACUUAAAAUUGUAACCAAUAAUAUUUUUUUGACUAACUCCGUUUGUUUGUUAGGUAGAGCAUCAUGGAUCUUUUAUUAUCUGAAUUUUUAGAGUCCAGGCUUUGCUUUUGCUCAUGGCCUCUGAAUCCUGGUGGGUAGUGCGAAAUUACUGUGGCUAAGAUCAUCAUAAUUGUGGAAGGUAGGCCAUGCCCUUCUGAAUUAUACCUUGUCAUUUACCUUAAAUCUGAGGAAGAGCACGCGUAAUAUUUUGUUCGUUUAAUAGGCGCACUACUACUUACGGCAAAAAAAAAUACACAAGGAAACAUCACCACUUGCAUUCAUAAUAAUGUUUAGUUGAGGUAAAUUCUACGGAGUAAUAGUGAAAUUACCAUACAAUGUCAUAUUGGUAUUACUGUGUUGGCAAGAUUGGAAUUUGUGGUUGAAAUGUCGUGUGACGAGAGUGUUGUGUUAUUGUUUUGAGUGUUGAAAUAUGUGUUAUAUAUGUGAAGUAUAGAAGGAAGCUUUGUAUUGUUAUUUUUAUUGCAUAAAUCGUCUUUUCUGCAUUUACAAUGGAAUUCAUUGUGGCUAAUGUUGAUAAUAUGAAAUUUGAUAUUGAGGUAGCAUUAGAAGAGCAGUAUGGAGCUUUGCCAUUACCUUUCGCGGGAAUGGAUAAAUCGAUAGCCGCAGUGUGUGAAUUCUAUCCAAAAGGCAGUUGUCAGAAAGGAGCAGCAUGCCCUUUUCGUCAUGUUCGUGGUGAUAGGACAAUUGUAUGUAAACACUGGCUUCGUGGCUUGUGCAAAAAGGGUGAUCAGUGUGAAUUUCUACAUGAGUAUGACAUGAGCAAAAUGCCAGAGUGCUACUUCUACUCCCGAUUCAAUGCUUGUCACAAUAAGGAAUGUCCGUUCCUUCAUAUUGACCCAGAAAGUAAGAUAAAGGAUUGCCCAUGGUAUGACAGAGGUUUCUGUCGGCAUGGGCCAAACUGUCGCCAUCGCCAUGUGAGGCGUGUGUUAUGUAUGAAUUAUGUUGCUGGACUUUGCAUAGAGGGACCAGAAUGCAAAUUUAUGCAUCCAAGGUUUGAGUUGCCAGCUACAGAUGUUCAGCAGAAGGAUGGUAAGAAGUUGGUAAUCACAUGUCAUUACUGUGGGGAAACUGGUCACAAAGCUAUGUACUGUAACAAAAUGCCUCCAGAAAUGAAGGAAGCACAGUCCAAGCAAGACGAUUUCAGGGUGAAAAACUUGAUGUAUGUUCCUAAAGAAGGAACAGCACCAGAAGAAAAUGUUGCCAAACCACCUCAGAAGCCAUUAGAGGAAGUGACUUGCUUUAAGUGUGGGUGUAAGGGACAUUAUGCAAACAAAUGUCCAAAGGGACAUUUAGCUUUCUUAAGUCAGAGCCAAAAUCCGCUGCCUCCAGGAAGCUUCAGGCGAAGUUGAGAGAUGGGUUUUCUGGGAGCAAGGUUGUUAAGUUCUGAAACUUUGUUGUUGCACAGUUCAGUACUGCAACUAUGCUGGGUUUCAUAAACUUAAAUAAGUACAAGUAUAUACCAAGGUGUCUGAUACUUUUAAACUAGGAACAUACUCAGCAUUGAACUUCUUUAAAUUAAAGAAUUGUGUAUGUAUGUUUUUUAUACACAUGAAUAAAUGUUUUAAUUUAU